AUGGUCUUCGCACUGCGAUCUCGAUACCCGGAGUUCCCGGCAGAGAACGAGGGCGAGAAGCCCCACAGCUUCACGCGCGUGCUUCUGAACACAGUUCAGAACGAGUUCGAGAGCCUUCCAACCACCUUCGAGCCGUCGGACGAGGACCGCAAGAAGUUCGAGAACCCUGAGGACCUUAACAUCGAGAUGAAGAAGCGCAAGGGCAAGAUGUUGGCCAACAUGAAGUUCAUUGGCAACUUGUUCCUCCGGCAGCUCUUGGCGGUGAAGGUCAUUGGCCAGGUGGUGCACGACUUGAUUGGCAUCAAGCAGGGAGAGAACCCUCUGCCCGAAGAGCACAUGAUCGAAUGCGUCUGCGAGUUGCUCCAGGCCAUUGGAUUCACUCUGGAUGAGACGCAGCAGGGCGAGUCGCUGAUGAACUCCUUCGCGGCACGCCUCAAAGACUUGUCCGGUGUGCGCAACAACGGCAGGCACGCCUACAGCAAGCGUAUCCAAUUCCAGAUCGACGGACUCCUCGAGCUGCGAAAGAACAAGUGGAUGAAGAAGCUCUUCAAGGAGCAGGCCAAGACCAAGAAGGCCGUGCAAGAGGAGCAGGAGCGAGAGCAGCGAAAUCAUGGUGGAAAGGUUGGGCCGGAUAACAUGUUCUCCGUGCAGACCGUUGGUGUUCGACCAGCCUACAUGGACGAGAUCGCCUCGCAGAAGAAGCGGACGAAGGCGGCGGACGGAGGGAACUCUAAGCCGAAGUUCGACCAGGCGUAUGUCAAGAAGAUCUGCCAGUACUACGGCGAAGAUCAGCAGGGUGACACGCUGCAGGAAGACUGGGCCAAAGCACAGCCCACAAAGGAGGAGACCAAGCAGGGCUUGGAUUGGCUGCUAGACUCUGGCUUCGACGACCGGAGCAAGCAGGACGUCACGGCUCAGGUCAUCGCCGAGCUCGUCAAGCGUCGACUGAUCCCCUGGGACAUGCUCAAGGACAACCUCUCCGCCAGGUUGGAAUCGCUUUCCGACAUGAUGAUGGACGUGCCACAUGCAGAUGGCUUCGUUCACGCGCUCAUGGCCCGGCUCUUCAUGCUGGGUGAUGCCUUCAACAGCGUCGUUCUGAAAGCCCUCCAAGCUUUUGUGUCACAUGGUGACGAUGAGACCAAGAAGCUGGGGUGGAACUUGCUGGCUGGCAUCAUCAAGAAGCUGAAGACCGAACGGGCCGACAUGGUGCCGAAGGUCCUCCAAAAGAGUGACUUCCUUAGUAUUGCCGCGACGGCCAGGGGAUGCAGCUCGCAGGAAGCCAAGAAGCAGCUCGAGUCGCUAUGA